AUGUCCACCUUCUACCUGCUGGACCACCGCACGCGCCAGGCCGAGCUGGGCCUGAGCUACGGCGCGCCGCGCACGCGCCUCAGCGACGAGGCGUUCGUGUUCCGCGGGGGCCGCUGGGCCGCCGAGGGUCAGCUGACCCAGGCGCGGCCGCCACCAGCGCCGCCGACCCUCUCCAACUGGAAGCCGGCGCAGGUGCAGCGCACCAAGAGCCAGGUGCUGUUGGAGGAAAACAACUACCUGAAGCUGCAGCAGGAACUGCUCAUGGACAUGCUGACUGAGACCACGGCGCGCAUGCACCUGCUGGAGAAGAAGCUCGACCCCGACGUCAGCCCCGCCGCCGCGGCGCGCGCCUGGCAGAGGAAGAUGCGCAAGCGCGAAAACGCCAACGGCGUGCUCAUGAUCCAGCCGCGAGCGCUGGAGUCGCGGUGACGUAAUAAAAAGCCCCGUGAGGCGCACGCGCGUCUCGCCCCUCGCCCCGGGGGUGGUAGUUGGAACGUCUAGGCUGCAGUGCGCAUGCGGGUGAGGGCGGGGCGGCCUGCUCUGCAGGGACUGGGCUGGACCCUCGGGGGCGGCGGCGGCGGCGGGCUGGUGACGCUGACCUUGGCUCGGAUGAGAGGGGUGGUGUGCGCGUGCGCGCUCGCGCUCCUCCACGGUAGCGCGCCACGCGAGUGGGGCGGGUGGCUAGCG